UCUGUACCAAAAGCGGUAACCCCGAGCUACACUCGGGCUUACCAUGCGGCGCUGCAUAGGGAGUCCCUGCAGAGCUUACCUUGUCCUUCGCUCCUGAGAUGUGUCCCCUGCAGCGUCCCCGGCCAUCUCCUCCGGCUGAUGCCGGCAUCCGGCUUCUGUGUUUCGGUCCCUGUGACGUCGGGACGUACGGGCGCCGCCGCCGCCGCCGGCGGGAAAUUUGAAAAUUUAAAAAAAAUUUCAUUUUUUUUCAAAACGAAUUUUACAUAUGCUUUGUCCUGUCCCCUGUCUGCAUUUUGACUGUUCUUUCUG